AUGGGACAAAAAAGCGCAAAGAGUACGAAAAAAGAUCUAACGCAAUUGACUGAUGAAGAAGUUGACAGAUUAACGAACAACACAACUUAUUCUCGUCAACAAAUACAGGAUUGGCAUCAAGGAUUUCUUCAAGAUUGUCCGAACGGAAAGCUGGACAAGAAAAAAUUUCUUGAAGUUUAUAAAAAAUUUUAUCCUGAAGGAAAAGCUGAAAAGUUUUGUACACAAGUUUUCAAGACAUUCGAUAGCGAUGACAAUGGUUAUAUCGAUUUUUUUGAAUUUUUAAUUGCCGUGAAUAUUACUAGUAAUGGAAAUGUCCGAGAAAAACUUCGACUUGCUUUUGAUAUGUACGAUAUGAAUAAAAACGGCGUGGUGAGUAUAAUUUAA